ACAAGCCCUGCUCCGCGCCCCUUUUGCUCACCACGAACCAGCCCUGCUCCACGCCCCCUUUGCUCACGCAAACCAGUCCUGCACCUCUGCUCUCGGAUCCCAUGCCUUUUGCGCCCAGAUCGCCUGCACUUUACGCCAGCCAUCACCGACAAUCAUACCCCCUCUACACCAAGCCUGUGCCCCUCUCCACACCAAGCCUGUGCCCCUCUCCUUUAUGCCCCACUGCCGGCAAUCAUGCCCCUUGCACACCGCGCCCUACCCCCUGCAACAGCCCUGCGCCUCUGCACCAAGCCUGCAAUCCUACUUGCUACAGCCACGCCCCUGCCUCACCUACAAAACAAAACAGCAAUACCAGACAAAAUUGGCAUCAUCAGUGAUUGACUGAGCAAGACUUUUUUUUUUUUAUUUAUUUCAUUUUAUUUUAUUUUAUUAUUUGGGUAUAUAUAUGGAGCAAAAAGCAGAGUAAGAAGGGGUCUUUUUUUUAUUUUCGAGUCUGAUUUGGGAGUCUCCCUCUGGUUUUUGAGAGUAGUAAAGGGAGACUUCGAGGAGGAGAAAGGGGCUCUUCAUUGUUUUGGGUUUCGGGAGAAAGGAGAGAAACCGACGAGAUUUCGGCAAUAUUUCAGCCUCUUUUUCUAGGUGUUUUCCUGUAAUAGAGGAGUCUUUUUGGGGAGGCAGUGAAGGAAAUGAUCUGGGCUUGAUCUCGUGGGUGGGAUUCUCUAGAUUGGACUCCGAUCUGCUACCUAGAAAGCUCUACCAUGCUUGUUUCUUUUCACUUCCUGUUCUGUGAUUUGCUUUUAGGAUGUUUAAAUUUGUAUGUGUUUACUAAAAAUCAAUGAAAAAUAAAAAAAAAAUGUCCAG